AUGAGAAAUAGCAGGCCAGAGCUUCUCAGUCAGAUUCAGAAUAACAAGCUAGCUCGAAUAUCUGCAAGAGAGACCCUCUCCUCUAUACGAAAACAGUUCCCUGAGGCACCUCUGACUCUUCGAGACAUUGAGAAUAUCUAUAACAAAUUCAAGCAGACGUUGAAUCGUGGUUUACCAGCUAUUCAAGCCAUGAUAUCGAAGCUCGGUGAUGAGUAUCAAUUUCAGUACGUUCUCGAUGAUCACGAACGUUUAGAAAGAGUUCUCUUUUUUCAUAAUGCCUCUUUACAGCUUCUACGUCUGUUUCCAAAAAGCUAUGUGCUUGAUGCUACAUACAAGACUAAUCGAUUCAACUUACCGUUGCUGGAUAUCGUUGGCUUUACGGCAACCAACAGGUCAUUCAUUAUAGGGCAGGCCUUUCUCACGCACGAGCAGGAGGAGGACUAUAUCUGGGUUUUGCAGUGGAUCCGAGAUAUCUACAAGAAAUAUGAGCUACCUAUACCAGAGUCGAUUACAACAGAUAAGGCUGGUGGUCUUCACAACGCCUGCAGCGUUGUAUGGCCUGAAGUACCUCAUCUACUCUGUCGCUGGCAUAUUGACAAGGACGUCAGAGCCUAUUGUCAAAAAGAAUGGCUUGAAAUAACCGAUAGAAAUAUCUCAAACGAAGCUCGAAAAGCUAUAAUUAAUGAGCGUGUUAAUGAAUUUCUUAGGGUUUGGUCACAACUUUUGUACGCAACAACAGAAACUGAGUACGAUCGAGUUUGGAGCAUUUUGCAGCGUCAAUUUCGUCAUUCGCAGCCUCGAAUUCUUAAUUAUCUCACCCGGACUUGGUUACCGUUCAAAGAGACCUUCAUACGCGCGUGGACCGAUAAAAUCAGACACUACGGCAACGUUGAUAGCUCAAGAGCAGAGGGAGUUCAUCAGGCUAUCAAGCGUCAAAUGGGCUCACAACGAAUCCAUCUAAACGACGUUGUAGAUCAUCUAUCGAUGUAUCUUGAUCUACACAAUAAGCAGCUACGAGAAGAGCUUGAAUAUGGCCAACAGAAGGAGAGAACAGAUCUUCAAAAUCCACUAUAUCGCAAGCUUCAUGGUCAUAUAAGCUAUUACGCUAUUGAUCAGCAACGAAUGAUCAAGCAUCUGCCUCUUGAGAUAGCAGAUUUUGAUAUUCAGUGGAGAAUUGAUCGUUUAGGAGAAUUAGCUGAGCUCCCUCUUAUUCGAAGAAUUACUGACCCUCUAACCGUCAGCACUCGAUAUACUAAGUCUCAAAAGCGUCAGCUAUCGCUGUUCGAAGUCAUUCAAGGUCAGGUUGAUGCUUUAGUUACUGCUUCGUCGAAAAGGGGUCACCGCAGAACAAAAGCACCUUCACAGCAGCGACGUCGACCGCCUCUAAAGGUUGUUACGCUCAAUUCAGCAGAGAAAUCGUCUUUAGGCAAUAGUCAGCAGCCAAUAGAUAUCGAUGAUAUAGCUGUUAGCGAGACACAGGAGGAGAAUAUCAAUAGUGAUGACGACCCUCUUGGUGCAGAGCUACAACGUCAACGUCAACAGCCUUCUCGCCGUGGUAUUCAGAUACAAGGGUGGAUCGAGUAUCAAGCACCACACUCUCAAGCGGCUAAUUCCCUACAGAAAAAGCGAACAACACCUUCUCCUCUAUAUCCACCUCUACCACUGCUUCGAACGCCCUCGCCAUUCGCUGAUUUAGACCUCCCUCUAUGGCCGUCACCCACACCGGUGCCAUCUACGCCCUCUCCUCUUCGUCGCGCCUCCACCACAUCCCCAUUGUCUCCUGCAGACGAAGCUAUACCACCUCCGCAAGUAGUGGUAUCCCCUAUGACCUCGCCAGCGAAGAAACGGCCGCGGAGAGAGAUACAACGGCCACAGCGCUACCGCGAUUGA